ACGCCGGUGUGGUAACAACACGCCGAGGCAUCGCAGGACAUAACAGCGGCUCCCCAUUGGUCAGGAGCGUCUUGGUCUGGUGCGUAACGUCGCGCGCUGGACACGCACGGGCCUGUCAGUGCAUUUACUGAAAAAAAAAACCUUGUGGAUAUUCAAAGUGUUUGGAUCUAUCUCUAUUUCGCUUUUAAGUCACAGUCCGGGUUUGUCUUACAUGCCAAAGCUGGGGGAACAGACAGGAACACAAGCGACUUCAGCGCGAGGCUUCACAGUUUUCGCCACAAUAAUUGGUUAUCGGAUGGACCAGCAUCCCAGCGCCCGGAGCUGCACCAGUCGCGGGGCUUCGUCCUGCGAGGCCGUCCCGACAGAGCCCUCCAUGAAUCUGUACAUCCACUCCACCACCGGCACACGCUUCGAGCUCUCCCUGCCCCUGGAGGAGACCGUGGAGGGACUGAAGAGGAGGCUGUCGCAAAAACUCAAAGUACCAAAAGAGAGACUCGCUCUGCUGCACAAAGAAACGCGACUAAGUUCAGGCAAACUCCAGGAUCUAGGCAUCUCUGAUGGGAGCAAGUUAACACUUGUACCAACAGUCGAAGCAGGAUUAAUGUCUCAAGCAUCAAGACCAGAACAGUCAGUAAUGCAAGCCUUGGAGAGUUUAACAGAAACUCAGGUCAGUGACUUCCUGUCCGGCCGCUCCCCCCUCACUCUUGCACUGCGUGUCGGUGAUCACAUGAUGUUCGUCCAGCUCCAGUUGGCGGCGCAGCAGUCCGGCGGUCCCCAGCUCCAGCACCGACACCUCAUCACCCGGGGAAACGCAGAGACUGCAAUGGGACAGCCCACGGGGCAGCCCCGUGUUCCCCACCCUCACCCGCACGCCCACCACCACCCCCAUCAUCCACACAGUCACCCCAGCUCCCACUUGUCCCAGCCUCACCUGGUCCCUUCCUCCCCCUCUUCUCCGGGCUCCCCUUCCUUCCCCCUGCCCUCCACGCACCACCAGCCGCUCCCUCCCAUGUAUCAUCAAUCGCCCUCCUCCGCUCACUGUAGCCCCCCUACUCCUCCUCCUCCACCCCACUCCCCUCGCCCAGGGACCCACAUCCCUGGAGGUAUUUUCCGCUCUCCAGCCCAUCACCAUCAUCACCAUCACCACUACCACCAGCCUUCCUCAGGCCAACCCAGCCACGACAUCGGCCAGGCCAGCCCUGUAGCCCCGGUCCUCUGCCCUGAGGCUAACUGCAGCACCAACAGCCCCACAAGUGGCACCAGUCCCUCAACACGCUCCCGUAAACCUGGCGCCAUCAUUGAGAGCUUUGUCAACCACGCUCCCGGAGUCUUCUCAGGGACCUUUUCAGGCACUUUGCACCCUAAUUGCCAGGACAGCAAUGGGCGUCCCAGACGAGAUAUUGGUACCAUCCUGCAGAUCCUCAACGACCUCCUGAGCGCCACACGCCACUACCAGGGCAUGCCCCCCUCCCUCACCCAGCUCCGCUACCAGACCCAGUGCGGAUCACCCACCUCCCCAUCCCCCUCACCGCCUCCUUCGCCCCCAGUUGCUGGCAUGACGGGCCUUUCUGCCAAAGCUACCUCUGUGCCCGCCAGCAGCCCUAGCAGCCCUCCGCCGACUCUUCACCCGCUGGUGCAGUGCCAGAGCCAGAUCCGCAUGUGCAAACCCCCUGGUGACCGUAUUCGUCAGACCGAGAACCGUGCAACCCGCUGUAAGGUGGAACGCCUGCAGCUGCUGAUGCAGCAGAAGCGCCUGCGCAGGAAGGCGAGGCGGGACCAGCGCUCCCCCUAUCAGUGGCUGCCCAACCGGAAGGCCGGACGCAGCAACAGCAACAGCAGCAUGUCCAGCGAGGGCUCCCUGGACCUGGACUUUGACGACUCGGUGUGGAAACCCGACGUCAAGGCCGACUUGAAGUCUGAGUUCGUCAUGGCCUGAGCCGUCUGCACCCACGUGCCGGGGGAUAGAUUCAAAGAUGUGCUAAGCAUUGCUUGGGAUUUACCUAGAGAUAUUUUUUUUUGAGGGAGUGGAUUCGCAGGAGGUGACACAGAACUGCGCAAAGGCGUCUUGUGCAAAGAGGAAAUCAAAGUUGUCCUUGUGAGCGGCGCCGGUCAUGUGGAAAAAAAGUGGCUCCCUGCAGACUUUAAUCCCGUUCUGUCGUUCACAGGCGACCUUGUGAAAAACAGCAACAAUAGCGACAGAACUUUCUUUUGAUGCUUGGACUUGGACAGGCAACAACCGGACUUAGCAGUGUAAAAGACUUUUUACGGUGUCGCGACAGAGACCGUACCUGAACUUGAGCAUAGCAGAAUUCAGUGGGUGGUGGUGGUGGUGGUGUUUUCAGAUUUUGUUUUCUAAAAUUUGUUUUUUUAAAAGCGCACUCUGGACAGCAAUGAAGAGAUCCACACUGGACUUAUUAACAGGACGGGAGCACCAGAGGCCUCAGUGUUUGCUAAUCACAAGAAUGGCAGGACUGCCGAACUAUGGAUUACUCCAACGGGCAUUCUUAUCAAUCUCGAAACUCACCAACCAGAGUCUAGUUUUUACCUGUUACGGGGUGGUUAAACUUUUUGGUUUUUUUUUCCAUUUUGAAGCAUAUUAUUAUAUUUUGUAAACAAAAAAAUAUGUAGCAUUGUUCACAAAGCAUUCAGGUUUUCAUAUAACAGUUCAAAGUAGUUGUUGAUUUGCACAUUUUCUUGAUUUAUAACAGCUGGUCAAAUUGUGCAAGAAGGAGGAGGUGGGGCCUGAAAUAGAAUUUAAAAAAAAUGAAUAUGGAAGUAUUGAUAUCAACCUCAGUGACAUAGGGUAUCGAUAGGAACGAUUAAUGAAUAAACAAAAUGAAUUAAUAUUAACAGAAAGUGCUUUAGAGGAUUUUAAAAUCUUUAAAAUGUAUAUGGAAAAGAAAGUCUAUUUUUUAUUUCUCUUCCUAUCUGCUGUUUUCAAAAAACAGCGGCCCUCCGUGGCUUCAGUCAAGUCGUUGACUACGAACAAAUACGUGCAUCCAUUCAAUCAUUCAUUAGCUCGUUCACGAAUUCUAGUCGUCCGGCCACAAGAAAUGAUGCGGAAAGCUAAAUUUCAUCCAGCCCACCUUCAUGUCUCACAGACCUGAACGGACUUGUUGAGGGUUUGUAUUAGUUUGUGUACAUAAAUGUGACAAUUGGCAAAGGUUCAUGAGGGUGUGUGUACGUCUGACUUUAGUGUAAAUUGAUUUAGAAUAACCCACGUUUUUGUCCGAGUUGUCUUCUCCCAAAUAAACCCCUUAGUUUCUCAAAAUCCUGGAGAUCAGCUGCAGUGCGUGCAUGGGUCACUACUUUAUAUCACGACAGGAUAAAACGUCAAAUUCUAAGUUGGUUCCCAGCUCGAGGCCCAUUUGAUGUGUCCCUUUACCACAAGUCCUCAUAAUAAUGACUCUAUUUUUUUAUUGGCAAAGAGGGAGAAGAAGUGGGAUCUGUAUCCAGCAUCAUUAUCUAGUGCCUCCACCAGUGCAUCCAUUGACAUAUCAGGUUAGGCCUUUCACAGUUCCGCUGCUACACAUGGGGAUGAAAAAAACAAAAAACAAAAGCGAGAGGGGGAAAAGUGACUUUUCUUUGCAUGCAGAAGUGUGAAUUACACUGAUCUUUUUUCUAUCGAUGGAAGAAAAAAAAAAGAAACUGGUGCUGUGGGAAUGAAGGUUAACAACAUGCAUGAAUUUGUGAAGAAAAUAAACAAUGCUGCUUUUGUUGGUUAGGUUUUUGUAAUUUUUACUUUUCAAUGUUCGAACAACAGUGUCCUGCUAAAGUAUUCACGACGCAAAACCAAAACAGAUGAAGUUAAGUGUGGACUCGCGUCUUGCUCAGCACUGAACAUUCCUGUUGUGUGACAAUGAAGAUGAUGAGCAAAGAGCAACGGACUCUCUCUCUGUCUACUCCCCGAGCGCUGGUCUCACCCCCGUGACUCCCAAGGACCCAGACAGCCUACGAACUGUUCAGCCACCUCCCCUCCUCCCAGCCUGAACGCCAACCGAGGCUCGCGUGGACGUACUCUCGCAGGGUACCAACAGACCAGCGGAUUUACAGUACUGUCCCACAACAACCAACCCGUGAGAAGCGUCUGGUCCGUCUCUUUAUCUGUCUGUCUGUCUGAUCGAUCGACCACCCUACCACAAUUGCACUCCCAGAGAUUGCAGUGAGAGAUUACCUUUUUGGUGAACCUCAUCUUUUUUUUAAGUGGCCUUACCUUUCACUAAAAAAAUGAGACACUUGGGGACAAUGGGGGCGGGAAUGUUUUUUUCUUUUUUCUUCCUUUUUUUCUGUGUGCAUCGUUGUCGGACUUGUUGUCAUCAAGGCGCCAUUUUUGUCACUGAGGACACUGGGCAUCUGUCGUUUAGUGCUUUUAGCUGGUGGAGUCUCUAUUAUGUCAAGGCUUCUGUGCCUUAAAAAUGUUGCCCUUGCUGUGUCAGUGUCAGAUUAAAGCUUGUUUCCAAUUGGUUGAUAACCAGUUAGUAUUCGCAGCCAUGAGAGUCGUAGAUUUUAGGGGUAAGGCGUGUUUGAGUGAAUCAGAUACUAUUCAGAAGUUGGUGUUGUUCCUCAAAUACUAUCUUUGUCCCUUUUCUUCAUUGUGUUUCCAUGCUUGUUGGUCUCCGUUGUCCGAACCUCACAUCCCUCUAAACUCAGUCCUCCCACCAACAAGCUGCAAAAAGCUACAAAUCUGUGUAACUUGUGUUAACUGAGGAAGUUUACACCACAGUACUUAGAUGGCAAGAAACAGCCCUGAUUCAGAAUAAGAAAGGUCCUCUGAGGACUCCAGACUACAUGCACUUCCUGUUUCCUGGGAUACGACAUUGUUAAAGGACAAUUUAUCCCCGGCCCCUCCCAAAUUUUAUUUAAUUUCUUUUUUUUUGUAUAUGUAUGAACUAUACUCUGUGUGUGCCUCACUUCUGUGUGAAACUCAAAAAGAUGAAACAAAACAAAAAAGAUGACAAAAGCAUUACAGAGAGGAUAAAAAACAGUACGUUGGUGGAAUUCUGAUCACGUCAUUUAAGUUGCCUGUUCUUUCUUGUAGCCAACUAUUGAAAAUAACAGGAUUCAAGAAUACAAUUUACAAUGUUCUAGCUCUAGACCGGUGUAGCACAUGUGUGACUGUAUUAAUUUAUGAAACCAAAAUGGUAACUGUGAAUUAUGUAUUUCUUUGUGCAUUUUUUUUUUUAAAAGCGGGGGAGAAGGUUGUUGGGACACGGCAGCAGCUGAUGCUCGUGUCCGAAAAAAAACGUUUUGUUUUUGGUGGAAUAUAAUGGAAGCAGAACAUGUUUCCGGAAAAAGAGAAAAAAAUGAAAAAAAAAGAAAAAAACUGGAAAAAAAAUGAGAAAAAAAGAAAAAAUAUAUGAAUAUAUUUUUUUUCUUAAGCAAUACAUUUCAGUGUGACUUGUGAUAGAACAUUUUCUUUUUUUAGGUAAUAAAUAAAUAAAAAACAAAAUGAGUA